AUGAUCAAGCAAAUCCUUGGGAGGCUUCCCAAGAAGCCAUCCAAGUCAUCUGAUGGUCGGGAAUUUGUUGGUCCAUCUUCUGCUUCUUUAAGUGCUUCUACUAGUCCUAGAGGCAGUGAUCUAGGGGGUAUUAAGCAUGCAACGUUGAACAGCACAUCUCCUCCAGGACCGGAUUCUGUUCCAUCUAUAGGUUAUAAUUACGCGGGUAAACCUACUCAGGCUGUAAAUCCAAAAGCAAAUGGGAAUUCUGUAGCUGCUCCUUAUGAAGCAUUGCCAGGAUUUAGGGAUGUACCGAACUCUGAGAAGCAGAACUUGUUUAUUAAAAAGCUGAAUAUGUGCUGUGUGGUAUUUGACUUCACUGACCCAACUAAGAAUUUGAAAGAAAAGGAAAUCAAGCGGCAGACAUUGCUCGAGCUUGUGGAUUAUGUUGCUUCUGCAAGUGGAAAGUUUACAGAAACCAUCAUGCAAGAAGUUGUAAAAAUGGUAUCUGCCAAUCUGUUUAGGCCGCUUACCCCUCAACCUCGUGACAAUAAGAUAUUAGAAGCCUUUGAUUUGGAAGAGGAGGAACCCUUGAUGGACCCUGCAUGGCCUCACUUGCAAAUUGUGUAUGAGUUCCUUUUGAGAUUUGUUGCAUCUCCUGAAACAGAUGCUAAGUUGGCAAAGAGAUACUUUGAUCACUCGUUUGUGCUCAAGCUGUUAGACCUCUUUGAUUCCGAGGAUCCAAGGGAGAGGGAGUGUCUGAAGACAAUUUUGCAUCGCGUCUAUGGGAAGUUUAUGGUGCAUCGCCCAUUCAUCAGGAAGGCCAUCAAUAACAUAUUCUUUCGAUUUAUUUUUGAGACAGAGAAGCAUAAUGGAAUUGCCGAGCUCUUGGAGGUUUUGGGUAGCAUAAUCAAUGGUUUUGCCUUGCCACUAAAGGAAGAGCAUAAACUGUUCCUUGUUCGGGCUCUAAUUCCCCUUCACAAACCAAAGUGCUUACCUAUGUAUCAUCAGCAGUUAUCAUACUGCAUCACGCAGUUUGUGGAGAAAGAUUGCAAACUUGCUGAUACGGUAAUAAGAGGUUUACUAAAGUACUGGCCAAUCACUAAUAGUUCUAAAGAGGUCAUGUUUCUGAGUGAGCUGGAGGAAGUGUUAGAAGCAACUCAACCAGCAGAGUUUCAGAGAUGUAUGGUGCCCCUGUUCCGUCAAAUAGCCCGUUGCUUGAGCAGUUUACACUUCCAGGUAGCAGAAAGAGCCCUGUACCUGUGGAACAAUGAUCACAUUGAGAAUUUAAUCAGACAGAACCGCAAGGUUAUACUGCCCAUUAUCUUCCCUGCACUGGAGAAAAAUGGAAGGAACCACUGGAAUCAGGUGGUCCAAAGUUUGACACUUAAUGUCCGCAAGAUCUUUGCUGAUAUUGAUCCUGAGCUGUUUGAGGAGUGCUUACGUCGGUUUCAAGAAGAUGAAGAGAAAGGAGAGGAGACUAAAACAAAACAAGAAGUCAUAUGGAAGCGCUUAGAAGAAAUUGCUGCUAAAAAUGCUGCAAAUGGUGAGCCUGUCCCUGUUCCUCACACAAUACCCACUCUAACAUCUUGA